AUGGUGCAGAAUUGGUUCGAUGAGUUUCUCGACUGGGAUCCCAGGGAGUAUGGUAUGCUGAAUAGGACUAUAGUGCCUUUUGAUCAAAUAUGGAUACCUGACACUUAUCUAUACAACAGUGAAACGUUGGAAAGAAAGAAGACGGAAUCGAUAAUGAACGCGAUGGUGGAGACGGGAUUUUGGUCAAACGACAGCCGUGGUGCAAGGGUUCAGCUUAUGUUUCCAGCUAUUUACAAGUUAUCUUGCGCCAUGAAUGUGAGCUCGAUUGUUUCGAUUUGUUAUUUUUUUCUGCCCACAAUUUGA